UCCUCCAAACUUCUCCAUUGCUCUCUCUCUCUCUCUCUCUCUCUCCAUACUCCUAUUCUUUCUCUAAUACUUGCAUUUAUCUGUAUAUAUCUAUCUAUCCAUCUCUCUCUCUCUAUAUAUAUAUAUUUCCUUCUGAUCUCUACUCCAUUAUACUUCUCUCUCAUUUCUGUCUUCUCGCAAUGAGUACAUGAUCGGAGAAAGCUAGAUCUCGCUUUGGAAGCUUGUUUACAGUCCGAAGAACCCUAGAUUUUUGUAUCUCCUUUUUGAAUUUUUUUUUCUCAUUCGAGUUUUUGAUUGGAGUCGCGAUGGCGACUCGGUGUUUGCUCUGCGUUGUAAUGGCGGUUCUUCUAGUGAAAUGUGUAGUGGGCGUGACAUUCUCUUCGAGGCUGAUUCACAGGUUCUCUGACGAAUUGAAGGCGCUUAGGGUUUCGAGGAAAGGAGGAGAGUCUGGUUCGUGGCCAGAGCGGAAGAGCAUGGAGUACUACAAGAUGCUUGUGGCCAAUGAUGUGCAGAGGCAGAAGAUGAAGCUCGGUUCUCGCUAUCAGUUUCUCUUCCCCUCCGAAGGUAGCAGAGCGUUUUCUUUAGGAAACGACUUUGGAUGGUUGCAUUACACCUGGAUCGAUGUAGGGACGCCGAAUGUUUCUUUUCUCGUUGCAUUGGAUUCUGGGAGUGACUUACUUUGGGUUCCAUGUGACUGCAUUCAAUGUGCUUCUCUAUCUGCCAGUUACUAUAACAGUCUGGUGCUCCCUGGUAUUUGGGGCAUCUAUUAUGCAGGAUAGGGAUUUAAAUGAAUACAGCCCGUCUGGCUCAACCACCAGCAAGCACCUAUCUUGCAGUCAUCAGUUAUGUCAACUGGGUCCAAAUUGCCAAAGUCCUAAGCAGCCAUGCCCUUACACAGUUAACUACUACUCGGAAAAUACGUCCAGUUCAGGAUUGCUGGUUGAGGAUACAUUGCAUCUUGCAGCAGGAAGUGAUGAUGCAUCCAAUAUUUCUGUGCAGGCUCCCGUCAUUAUAGGAUGUGGGAGGAUGCAAAGCGGUGCUUACUUAGAUGGAGUUGCUCCUGAUGGUCUUAUGGGUCUCGGACUUGGCGAGAUUUCUGUUCCAAGUUUUCUUGCAAAAGCAGGAUUGGUACAGAACUCUUUUUCUUUGUGUUUUGGCAAUGAUGAUUCUGGGAGAAUAUUUUUUGGGGACCAGGGACCAGCUGCCCAACAAUCUACUCCAUUCCUGCCGUCAGACGGAAAAUAUAUAACCUACAUUGUUGGGGUCAAGGCAUGUUGUAUUGGAAGUUCUUGUCUUGAUAAGACAAGCUUCGAAGCACUGGUUGAUAGUGGGACAUCAUUUACAUUUCUCCCAAAGGAAGCAUAUGAAAGGGUUGUCCAGGAGUUUGACAGACAAGUAAACGCGACAAGUGCUAGCUUUGAGGGAUCCCCUUGGAAGUAUUGCUACAAGUCCAGUUCUGGAGAUAUGCCCAAGACUCCUUCUGUGGCAUUUAAAUUUUCAGUGAACAACAGCUUUGUCGUCCAUGAUCCUGUUUUCAUUAUCCAUGACAACCAGGGAAUUGUUGGAUUUUGUUUAGCCAUAGAGUCAACAGAUGGAGAUAUUGGAACAAUUGGACAGAACUACAUGACUGGUUAUCGAGUGGUAUUUGAUAGGGAAAAUCUGAAGCUGGGCUGGUCACGUUCCAAUUGUCAAGAUCUCAGUGAUGGUAAGAGAAUGCCACUGACUCCAAAUACUAGUGCUCCCAACCCAUUGCCAACAACCGAGCAGCAAAGUGCACCUAGUGGGCACGCGGUUGCUCCAGCUGUUGCUGGAAGGACUCCCCCAAAGCCAUCAGCUGCCUCAACUCAGCAUCUAUUGUCCGACAUUGGUUUGGUGAAUAUCUUUCUACUGCUUCUACUAUUUUUGCAUCCACUUGCCUCAGGUCUCUAAGUGGACAAUUGCCUUGUCGAACAGAUCUAUGCCAUCUUUUACAUGUAAAUCCUGUUUCCCAUUACGCGUAGCUUCCUUGUCAAUUGUUUUGUUCUUUCUUUGCUCCUUUGAGUCAUUAAAUUAGUAGGGUUUGCUAGGAACAUAUUUAAUAUUUUUUGUCAUAUCGUUCCUUUAGUUUUUUAUUUUGUUCCUUUUCUAUAUUAUAUGUAAUUUUUCACUUCUGAUAUCUAUAGAUAUCCUUUGAGAUUUCCAUCA